AUGAAGACCACAGCAAUGCGGGGUGCCACCAUACUUGCGCUUGGCUUUGUGACCGUCGUCCACGCUGCGGUCAUCGGUGGCCUCAGAGCUGACGAAAACGCCAUCGUCAAGCGACUCGUCAACAAGCCUUACACGUUCACGGUUGACCUUCACGUGGACGAGGGCGCAAAGACAUUCGAGUGCAUCUUCGAUGUUGACGUCACCUUUGGCGUGCCUUUCAGCAAGGCACGCUACGAGCCUCGUAACUUUGCGCAAGGUUGUCAGCUCGGCAACGUGAUCACGAGCCAAUUCUGGGGAGAUCUCAGCGUCGUCAGCGUCUUCAUCGAGGUCCUCAAUGAUGACAAGACAACUAAGAUCGACAUUUCAGUGACUGCCGAUGUCGAGACGGGUACAUGGCAAGCUUGGCUCCUUUCGUCUGCUUCGCAUCUUGGGAAAAUCGGCCUUGGUGACAGCACCAAUGCGAUACUCAGGUUCAAGACACCGGACAGCGACGUCGAGGUUCCGCGCUGCUUGUAUGACACCAAGCUCAAUCAGCCAGGCAUCAAUUGCUAG